CCCCUUGCCCUCCCUCUACCUGGGUCUUAGAGAGCUCCAGUAGGGACAGAGGACAGACGACAGUAACUUUCCCACAGAGGUGUAGCAGAGAGAUUUAUCUGUGGAUGGUUCCCACCUGCACUCCUUCUGGGACCUAGUUUGAUAACCCUAACCUGUUGGACAGUUGGGUUAGCUAACCCUUACCCUUGGACAGUUGGGGGUGAAAGUUACAGAGAUGUCUGAGAACAACAACAACAACCACGAAGAGAAGGAGAAGGAAAGGGAUGGAGAGAAGGAGAAGGAGAGGGAUGGAGAGAAGGAGAAAGAGAGGGAUGAAGAGAGAGAUGAGGACUGGAAUGAGGAGAGAGAUGAGGUUCUUGUUAGGAUUCCUCCACCUCCACCUCAAGUGUUCAGAGUUGGCCAGCUGGCCCCAGGGGCCAAGAUGAAUGGGUUAGGAGAUGAGGGAAAAACCAACCUGGAUGGGCAGCAGCCUGUAAGCCGUAGUAUCUUCCCUUUCUCCCCAGUCUCUCCAGCGGGCGAGAGGAUCCGCAUUAUGCUGGGAGAGGAUGAUGAUGGACCGUCACCACCUCAACUCUUCACUGAGCUGGAUGAGCUGCUCUCUGUGGAUGGGCAGGAGAUGGAGUGGAAGGAGACAGCCAGGUGGAUCAAGUUUGAGGAGAAGGUGGAGAAGGGAGGAGAGCGUUGGAGUAAACCCCACGUGGCCACGCUGUCGCUCCACAGCCUGAUGGAGCUCCGGACUUGCAUCGAGAAAGGAACCAUCAUGCUGGAACUGGAGGCCUUCACGCUGCCGCAGGUCGUUGAGUUGAUCACAAACAGCCAGAUAGAGAGCGGUCUGCUGAAGGCGGAGCUAAAGGACAAGGUGACGUACACGUUGCUACGGAAACAUCGACACCAGACAAAGAAGUCCAACCUGCGCUCGCUAGCUGACAUCGGCAAGACGGUCUCCAGUGCAAGCAGUCCAGCCACCACACAUCGGAACCUGGCCUCAAGCAGCAUGAACGACAUCUCCGACAAACCAGAGAAAGACCAGCUGAAGAACAAGUUCAUGAAGAAGCUUCCCCGAGAUGCCGAGGCAUCCAACGUUCUCGUUGGAGAGGUGGACUUCCUGGACGCCCCCUUUGUGGCAUUUGUCCGUCUACAGCAGGCUGUGAUGCUGGGAGCUCUUACAGAAGUCCCUGUCCCCACCAGAUUCCUGUUCAUCCUUUUAGGACCCAAAGGAAAAGCCAAGUCCUAUCAUGAGAUAGGAAGAGCUAUCGCCACCCUCAUGUCAGAUGAGGUGUUCCAUGACAUAGCAUACAAGGCGAAGGACAGAGAGGAUCUGCUGGCUGGCAUCGAUGAGUUUCUGGAUGAGGUGAUUGUUCUGCCCCCGGGGGAAUGGGACCCGGCCAUCAGGAUAGAACCGCCCAAGUCUGUACCUUCUGCUGACAAAAGGAAGAACGUGUAUGCUGGAGGCGACAGCGGCCAGAUGAACGGAAACACGCCCCAUGAUGGGGGAGGAGGGGGAGGGGGACAUGCAGUGGGAGACGAGCUCAAGAAGACAGGCAGGUUUUGUGGAGGCCUCCUACUUGACAUCAAAAGGAAAGCUCCAUUCUUCGCCAGUGAUUUCUACGAUGCGUUCCACAUCCAGGCACUGUCGGCCAUCCUGUUCAUCUACCUAGGAACCGUAACUAACGCCAUCACCUUCGGAGGGUUGCUAGGAGACGCCACCGACAACAUGCAGGGUGUGUUGGAGAGCUUCCUGGGCACGGCGGUAUCUGGAGGGAUCUUCUGUCUGCUGGCUGGCCAGCCUCUCACCAUCCUCAGCAGCACUGGACCUGUUCUGGUCUUCGAGAGGCUGCUCUUCAACUUCAGCAAAGACAAUGACUUUGACUAUCUGGAGUUCCGGCUGUGGAUUGGUCUGUGGUCUGCGUUCUUUUGUCUGCUGCUGGUUGCUACUGAUGCCAGCUACAUGGUUCAGUACUUCACCCGAUUCACAGAGGAGGGCUUCUCCUGCCUCAUAUCCUUCAUCUUCAUCUAUGAUGCCUUCAAGAAGAUGCUGAAGCUGGCUGAUUACUACCCCAUCAACUCUGACUACCAGAUUGACUAUGUCACCCAGUAUGACUGUAUGUGUAUGGCUCCUACCAUCUUAGAAAACAGUACGGAACUGUUUGGAGAUACUCUGGAUGGUGAUAGCACUGCUGUCUGGUACUUCAACAACACUGAUCUACCUCUGAAUGCCACGUGGUCGUCCCUGUCUAAGAAGGAUUGUGUGAAGUAUGGAGGAGAGCUGGUGGGGAAGGCAUGUAAAUAUGUUCCUGACAUCACUCUGAUCUCCUUCAUUCUUUUCCUGGGAACCUACACUACCUCCAUGAUGCUGAAGAAGUUCAAGACCAGUCCUUUCUUCCCUACAUGGGUGAGGAAACUAAUCAGUGACUUUGCCAUUAUCUUGGCCAUCCUGAUCUUUUGCGGUGUGGACAUGCUAGUAGGAGUGGACACUCCCAAGCUCAUAGUCCCAACUGAGUUCAAGCCAACAAGCCCCAACCGUGGUUGGUUUGUUCCCCCGUUCGGAGGCAAUCCUUGGUGGGUGUACGUGGUGUCAGCGGUGCCUGCCCUGCUGGUCACCAUCCUACUCUUCAUGGACCAGCAGAUCACCGCUGUCAUCGUCAACAGGAAGGAGCACAUGCUGAAGAAAGGCGCAGGCUACCACCUGGACCUGUUCUGGGUUGCAGUUCUGAUGAUUGUAUGUUCCUUCAUGGGGUUGCCAUGGUACGUGGCGGCGACGGUCAUCUCAAUCGCUCACAUAGACAGUCUGAAGAUGGAGACAGAGACAUCCGCCCCUGGAGAAAUGCCCAAGUUCUUGGGAGUGAGGGAGCAGAGAGUCACUGGUGUGUGUGUAUUCAUUCUGACGGGACUGUCUGUCUUUAUGUCUCCCAUCCUCAAGUUCAUCCCCAUGCCAGUGCUGUAUGGAGUGUUCCUCUACAUGGGCGUGGCAUCUCUUAAUGGAGUGCAGUUCAUGGACCGUCUCCAGCUGCUCCUGAUGCCAGCUAAGCACCAGCCUGAUCUUGUGUACCUGCGCCAUGUUCCUCUGAGGAAGGUCCACCUGUUUACCUUCAUCCAGAUCCUGUGUCUGGCACUGCUCUGGGUCCUCAAGUCCACCGUGGCCGCGAUUAUCUUCCCUGUAAUGAUCCUGGCCCUGGUGGCGGUGAGGAAGACAAUGGACUACAUGUUCUCUCAACACGAGCUGAGCUUCCUGGAUGAUGUCAUCCCUGAGAAGGACAAGAAGAAGAAGGAGGACGCUAAGCAGAAGAAGAAGAUGAGGAGCAUUGACAGUGACAUAGAUGAUUCUGACUUCCCCUACACUGAGAAUGUCCCCAGCAUUAAGAUCCCCAUGGACAUGAUGGAGCAGGAACCUUUCUUAGGUAAUAAAGCAUCCGCCAGAGAUAAAUCCUCAUCAUUCCUGGAUCGACACUCAUCGUGCUGAGCAGCUGCUCUUCUACCAGGCCAACUGUCAGUCAAGUCCAGAGAUGAGUCCACUCAACGUGCCUCAGAUUAGAAUUGAGAUGGACCCUGAUGACAACGGCUACCGCUGGAAGAGCCGAGG